AUGUCUGGAGGUUUACCUGCCCCGGUUAGGAGUCCCGGAGAGGGUGUCUCUCCUAAGUCGCAACCGACACUUAAGAAGACCGAUUACUUCAACCUUGAGAAGAAACCAACACCGUCUUCCCCGGUUUCCGGCCUAGAUUCCCAAAACAGUAGCGGGAAGAGCACACCUCGAGCUGAGUCGGCGCGAACAGCAGUGGUGGUGGUCGACGUGAAAGGCAAGGGGAAGGAAAUUAUUGAAAGCACAGGAGAUGCGAGCGCGACGACGACGCCAGGCGAGACCGCUUCUAGUACGGGGAGUAGUGGUCCCCCGUCCAGAAAGGGUUCCAUCUCGUCCGUGACUUUCGCACCUCCUCGUAACCCAUCGCUACCUCAGGGCUUGAAGAAGCCGCACGCCGGAAAUCGAAUUCGGGCGGCCUCACCACCGCAUCGCAGGUAA